UUGCUAAUUGUUGUGAUUGUGGUAACCCUGCACACUAUUCGCAUAAAGAUUAUGCCUCCACCAAGACCUAGAGGUAUAGGAUGUAGCACUGGAAUUGUACCAGCCAGGCCCAAUCCAAACACACCAAUGUCGGAGCGGCAGCAAAUGGCACUCUUAAUACAGAUGACUGCAUCGUCUUCAGAUCAUUCGCGAUCUUACCAAAAGACUAAAAAGUCCGAUGAAAUGGAAGAUACGCAUGUUUUAGAGAAGUUGGAUGUUAAAGACAAAACUGAUGAACUAAAUAGUGAUAAGAAAGACAAUUCAUUCGAGGUUGGUAAUUUAACGGAAACGACUUCGGGUACCAACAAGCGAAAUUUUUCCGAUAUCGAUGAAGAAGAUUGUGAUGAUAACGACGAAAGUAAAAAGAAAAGGCGAAAAGACUCUGACACGAUGAAAGACAAGCAGACAGCUAAUUCGCGAAUUGUAAAUCGAACGGAAAAAAACGUAAAGUCAUCCACUUCAAAAGGCGCAUCAUCAUCUAACAAAAGUGGCACAACUACGGAUAAGGACGAUGUAAAAAACAAGUCGUCCACGUACGAUGCGGAAGCUGAUGAGGAAGACUUGAAAAAUGAGGUUCUUUACAGUGGUGGCCUUAAAGUCCCGCCCCUGAAAAUAGUAAUACCACAACAGAAUUGCACUAUUGAUACAGAUGGAACCGUUUCGCGCACCGGUAAAAUAAGUGUCUCCAGGAAUGCGGCUUUGCCAUAUGUUGUUAGCUCUAAUAAUGACUGUAGUGACGGACUGCCAUCAAACGCAAGUCCCCGCGACAGUCCAAAUAAAGUCAGCACUUCUUGCAAUGUAAUGGAGGAAAAGCAUGGGAAGCUCUUCAAUGAAGAUAAAAAUUUAAGAGUCUUAAGAAGCGCUCAUCGUUCCGGUCUAGCUUCCCAUGAUAGAAAUUCAAAUAAUCCAUCCCCUCAAAUGCAAAGCAAUUCACCGUCGCCCGCUUCAUCAACAGCGGCCGAUCCUGUCGAUAAUAAAAUUUCCUACGCAAAUGUAUCAAACAGCCCGCCUCAUCAGAGCACAUGCUCAGAAAACGAAAAUAUUGUUAACUUGCCCAGUCCUUCAACAUCUUCGACGUCAUCGUCAAAAGAAGUAACUGGAAACAAUGUUGAGCUGCAUCCAAGAAAAAGAAAAAUUCGAUCUAAAAAUGAGGAUGUGAAGUCCAAUUCUAGUAACAAUUCAAACAAUGAAACGUCCCUAAUAUGUUCAGAAUCGCAUCCGCAUGAUUUGCCAUUUACUAACUGUUUUCAAAUGUACAUGAAUAUAAGACGACAGAUUGAGAAAAAAUGGAAAAAUGUCUUCCCUGUUAAGCCGCGGCCUCCCCAAGGCUAUGACGAAUAUCUUAUUAAUACAAAAAACUACACCUUACACUCGAAACAGAAAGCACCAGACCCUAUAACGCCCAGCUCCACACCAUCAAAAAUGAAAGAAAUAUUUUUAAUACAAGAGAAGGAAAGACUAGAAUUGUACCAGCGUCAUACUGUCGAAAGGGAAAAACUUUGCUUAAAUGUGGAACAGGAAAUCAUACGUGUCCACUCAAAGGCGGCCCGAAGUAUAUCAUGCCAAUCGUUGCCAUUUUCUGUUUGCACUUUCAUCAAAGAUGAAGAAGUCUAUAAUAUUGUGACACCAGAACAAGAUGAAAAAGAUAAAAAUGCCCGAUACAGGUUUAACGGAAGAUUGCUUUUGAGUUGGCUACAAGAUGUCGAUGAUAAAUGGGAAAAAAUUAAGGAAUCCAUGAUACUGAGGCAUCAUAAUGAAGCGGAAAGUUUACAUGCUGUUCAGUUAAUGGAUUGGGAAAUUGCUUUAAAAAAGAAUGACCUUUGCGGCUAUGACUCACAAAUCGCCGUGGAAAGCAGUCACGUACCAAUAGUGCAGGUGGAAGACUUUGAUCUUUUGCCAGCCUAAGCAUAUUUAUCUACAAAUAAAAUAUAAAAGAAACUCAUAGAAAUUACUGACAAUCUCUCUUGUCAACUAAAAAUUUAAAAAAAAAAAAAAAUUAUUUUGUGAUCAAUUUUACUCUUUUCUAAGUGUACAUAUAUAUUUACACA